GGGGGCCGGGACCCCCCCCCAGUGCCCGGCGCGCCCAUCGCCGUGGCACCCACCGUGGGCAGCCCCAUGCGGGGGGGGAGCCUGAGGUCAUGGGGGGCGCAGGGACACGGCCCGCGUGCCCUGUGCUCGCAUCCCCCCCGCACCCCACGAGACCCCCGCGGACACAGUGGGGGGGGGCCCCACCACCGACCGCCGCGUCCCCACCGCGGGUCACGCCCUCCCGCCGUGGGUCCAGACCCGCGCCCCCACCCCCGAGCACCGCCUCGCCUCCCCGGGCACCCUUGUGGGCCCCCCCCCACGCGUGGCGGGCCGGCCCCGCAAGGGUUAAUCGGCGGGGCCGGCGGCGGGGGGCGGAGCGCGGCCGCCCCGGGAUAAGGCGCGGCGCGGGGCAGGGCUCAGCCCCACCGGAGCCGCGGGCAGAGCCGAGCGCAGAGCCGAGCCCACCCGUGCCCGCAGCCCACCCGUGCCAUGCCCCGGGGCUGCGGCCGGGGCGAGCGGCCCCCCCGGCAGCGGCCAUGAGCCCCGGGGCAGCGGGCAGCGCCUGAGCGGCGGCCCCGCCAUGCGGCCCCCCACGGCUCGGGACCUGCCCCAAGGCGGGCGCCUGGCGGCCCUGCUGCUGGCGCUGGUGUGGGUGCCCGGCGGGGCGCCCGCCUGCCCCGCGCUCUGCACGUGCUACGUCUCGCCGCCCACCGUCAGCUGCCAGGCCAACAACUUCUCCUCGGUGCCCGCGGGGCUCCCGCCCGGCGCCCGCCGCCUCUUCCUGCAGAACAACGUCAUCGGGGCGCUGCGGGCGGGCACCUUCGGGCCCAGCACCGUCACCCUCUGGCUCUACUCCAACAACAUCUCCUCCAUCCAGCCGGGCACCUUCCGCCACCUGCCCGCCCUGGAGGAGCUCGACCUGGGUGACAACCCGCACCUCCGCGUCUUGGCCCCCGACACCUUCCACGGCCUCCGGCGCCUCCAGGCGCUGCACCUCUACCGGUGCCAGCUGGCCACCCUGCCCAGCGCCAUCUUCCGCGGCCUCCACAGCCUCCAGUACCUCUACCUGCAGGAGAACGGGCUGCUCUACCUCCAGGACGACCUCUUUGCCGACCUGGCCAACCUGAGCCACCUCUUCCUGCAUGGGAACCGGGUGCGGGCGCUGUCGGAGGGCGUCUUCCGAGGGCUGCUGAGCCUGGACCGGCUGCUGCUGCACGCCAACCGGCUGGUGACCAUCCACCGCCGCGCCUUCCGCGGGCUGUCCCGCCUCACCAUCCUCUACCUGUUCAACAACAGCCUGGUGGCGCUGCCCGGGGACCCGCUGGCCGCGCUGCCCGCGCUCCAGUUCCUGCGCCUCAACGCCAACCCCUGGGCCUGCGACUGCCGCGCGCGCCCGCUCUGGGCCUGGUUCCGGCGCACGCGCGUGUCCAGCUCGGCCGUGCCGUGCGCCAGCCCCCCGCAGCGCCGCGGCACUGACCUGCGCCACCUGCGCGCGCGCGACUUCGACGCCUGCCCCGACCACAAUGACGACGACGACGACGAGGAGCGGGAGCGGGAGGAAGAUGAUGGCGAUGGCGUUGGUGGCGGUGGCAGCGUUGGUGGCGGCGUGGUGGCGGUGAUGGGCACCCCCGGGCGGGCGCUGGGCCGCCCCGGCACGCUCCCGGCCGCGCCGCCCUCUGCCUUCUACCGCGACGGGCUCCCCCCGCACGACCUGCGGGGCCCCCAGCUCCGGCCGCCCCCCCCGUCCCGUGACUCCCGCGGCCCCCCCGCGGCCCCCGGCUGCCCGCAGGCCCCCUGCACCCCCCCGGCCGCCGCCGCCGCCCCCCGGCAGCCCCACGUCCUCCUGCCCCUCCUGGGUCUGCUCCUGCCCUGGCUCUGAGCCGCUCCUCGGGCUGCCCGUGCCCCCCUUCUCCCCGGGGGGGCGCUUAGAACUGUGGGGGGCUGCGGGACGCAGGGUCCCCCCGAUCCUGAGUGGGAAAAACCCCCAACAGGGACCGAAAGCUGGGAAAUUAUUUAUUAAAAAUGGUCUUAUUUUGGGA